AUGGCGGAUGAAGCUGUUGGAGUUGCCGGGGUUCACUCGGCUCCAGAAGAUCGCAGAUAUUCCAUCAAUAACGAUCCGCAUUUUGUAAAUCAACAAUCCCAAAAUUCAGAAGAACGAAUUGUUGAAGAAGAUAGAGAAGAGUCAGGUCACAAGAAAAUUUGCAUUGAUUCUGAUUCUGACAAUGACGUCGAGGAAGAGAUUCUUUUGAAAAAUUUUGGUCUUCCAUAUUCCGAUCACAAUUAUGAUGUGCCAGAUAAAUCCAAACGUGCGCCUCCGGAACCCAUUGACGGAGAGUUUCCUGUCAUUGGCGAAUUGGAUGAAUAGCCCCUGCUCACCGAGAAGGUUAUAGAAUUAGCACACAGGCAGAGGUUAGCCCAGCGUAUAAUGGAUCCCACCAUCCUCGGCCUUCAACGAUCAACAUGGUUCGGCCACAACCUGUAUCAGUUGUGCGAGCUCGAAGUAUACGAGCAUAUGCAACCAAUGUUUACUACACAUCAAGUGAGCGCUUCCCAUUUACGAUCAGGAAUCUUGAAUCGUCGACCUGUACAACCAAAUCCGCAAACGUACCAUGCGCCAGUUCCUGUACAAGCUGCCAAACGUACUCCACUCGUGCUCUCGAGACAGGCACCACCACCACAGUUGCCUAAUCGCGCCGGAAUCCGACAAGUUCAUGUUCACCGAAACCAAAAUGGUCCAGAGCAUAUUCAUGAAGUACUGGAGAGUCAGCAAGGAGCUCAUCCUCAUCUGGCUCCAAUUCCGGCGAGUAUGAUUAAUAGACGAAUGGACGUCGUUGCGCCGCACAGAAUGACCCCGGAGCAACGAAGACUACAACAAGAUCAGCACAAUAUUCAAACGAAGCCAACCUCAACACAAGUUGAAGGCGCGGCUCCGUUUCUUGUUGCGUCCCGAGGGAAUAAGGUUCUCGUGCGAGCUGGAAGCGUUGGAUAUAGAAGACGUGAGGAAAUCGAUGCCGGACAUCAACCACAGCUUCUCCACUCAAAUGAAACUCGUGACGUUCAUCCUUCUCCGCGCAAGCUGCCAAUACAACACGCGGUUCCAACGCAAUCAGAACCCAAUAUUCAUACAACCCAAACAUCUUCUGCGCCACAUCCAGAUCUUCAUCGUCCGAUGAAUCCACAAGUGUCAACACUUGCUAGUUUGGCUGCACAACGGCGUUUGUCCCCUAUGAAAAAUCAACAGAAUCAACCAUUUAUGCCAAAGCCUACGCCGCCACACAGAAUGUCUACAGAAGAAAGAUCCGCUAUGUUUGCGCAGAAGUUGAAGGAACAACCACUGACUGACCUAAUACUCGAACCACCGCAGACGCGGGUCGUCGCAACAAACACCGAACAAAUUCCCAAAUAUAGAACGGACGCAGCUAGCACUGAAAAACUUCAUACGCCUGGAGUUACUGUUGUUUCUGCUCCUCCCACAUCUAGAAAUGAACAUCAGCCACAGACUGCACAACAGCCCCCGCAGCAAACUCUCCAACAACCUCCAACGAUUCAGGCACCAUCGCAGCCACAAUUCACUCAUCCUUUGCAGCCUCAACAGCAGCCGCAACAAUCUCAGCAGGAACCAUCAUCAUCGCAUGAUAACCUCGAGAAUAAUGCUAUUGCUAGAAUAUUCAAUGACAUAAAGAAAUCGGCAGAAACAUUUACAAGUCUUCCUCCAGAUGGUCCUUCAACUAUGAUGCACAUGCCAGAAGUAAUUGAUCCCAUGAAAAAGGGAUUAAUUCCAAAGCAAAUUUUGCCGAAGAGAAUGGAGAAGAGAAUUUCUGGUAGAUUACCCGAACUUUCUGCAAGAGAAAUGUUAACGCCUGACAGUUCAGCCCAUCGACCACGUGGUCGGCCAAAAGGCAGCACAGGGAUUCGCCACCGCACCACCAGUCAAAAUGGGAAUGAUCCAAGUUCUCGUGGUCGUAAUCUCACACCUGGUUCUCGAGGAACCGGAGCAGGAGUGCGAACUCUAGCUCCAGUACAACGGAAGGAAACGGAAGGACACAUAGUGUAUCCACUUAGUCAUUCGGAGACGGAUGCUGCCAAGCAGUCAGACGAUUUUGGUGACGAUUGGGUAAUGAGAUGCCACUGUGGAAUGGAUCAUGCGAGCGGCUUUUCAAUUGAAUGUGAGAAAUGCGGCACAUGGCAGCAUACUCUUUGUAUGGGAAUGAGACCGGAAGACAACACUGAUGGAUAUCAGUGUGAACUCUGUCGCCCACGUCAAUUGCCAGUUCCAAAAGCUGAAGCGAUUCGCCUCCAGAAACGAGAAUUGGAGAAAGAAAAGAAGGAAUUGUUAAAAUCUAAACGCGGAAGAAAGAGCGGUGGCACUCAGAAAGAAAACGGACGAAAAUCUCUUCCGCCGGAUCCUGUUAUUGAUAGCAACGAUUAUUCACGAACUGCUAUAAGAUUACUACGAUCUCUUCCUUCCACAAUUGGAGCAGCGCAGUUUCUCAGACAGGCCAAAUCAAAGCAAUGUGCAAAGAGAAUGUUCGUUUCUGCCAACAUCGAAGGACUCGUUUCGACGGCUGAAAUUGAGAGCCGCGCUGUGGUUAUGGAAAUGAGUGGCUACGUUUGUCGCCCAGAUGAGUGUAAUCGGGAACCUGGAUACCAACCGUUUGUGUUUUUGUAUGACGGGCUUCGAAUGUCAACUGCUGACUUCGGGGAACCUGACCCAGAGCUGUACGUAUGUAUUGAUACGAAAAAGAAGGGCAAUGAUUCAAAAUAUGUUCGAAGAAGUUGCCAGCCAAAUUGUGUUCUGAAACAUGUGCUUGAUGAGAAAGCGGUACUUGGUGUCAUAAUUGUUGCGACGCGAACAAUCGUCUACAAUAAUGAAAUAACGUUGCCGUUUGAUUGUGAUUGGAGGUCUCGUAAGACGCCGUUGGUUUGUGCUGAUCAUCCUGAUGAGUUGAUUGCUUCUUGUCCCUAUGAAAAUCAGCGCCUUCGAUUGAAUCCAUAUAUUCCUGAGGAUCCAAAAGUUGAUAUUCCGAGACAGCGAAAGAACACUCGAACUAACACCUCGAGCGGUCAUGAAGAAAUAUAUAAUAACCAUAAAAUGGAUGGAAAGGUUAUGGAAUCAGAAGAGGAAGAAGCGGUUGUCGAACAGAAACCCAUCAUCGAAGUGGCUCCAAAAGAGGAGGACCAACAAACGCCUACUGCGCGGCGUCGAAGUUUAAUUUCCAAGCCGUCUACUGCAACAAAACCGAAAUCUGCUGCAUCAAAGGUUAAAGAGAACAUUGCCGUUGAAUUGAAAAAGGAAGAAACUGAAGUUACGAACAAAAAGGAAUCCUCGAAAGAAGUAACAACUUCGAAGAAAAGAAGAUCGCGCACUGGCUCACCAAAAAAACGCGAAGAGAUGAACUACGAUCUUCCGUCUCAGAAACCAACUUUGUCUCGUGAAGAACGACGAGUAAUACAGCUGGAAGCAUUGUUCCAAAAACGAGAAAGAGAGGAAAAGAAAAAAUUAGAAAAAGAGAAGGAGAAAGAAAAAGCUAAAAAUUCGGCUUCAAACACCAACGAAAAACAAGUCAAAAACAAUAAAUCUGCUGAGAAGUCGAAGCGUGUUACUCGGGCGAGUAUGAGUAGCGUUGCAUCCACUUUGGAUUCCAAGGAAGAAACGAUGAGUACUCCAACUCGUGAACCAAGUGCAAGAAUAAAAAAGAACCGCGACAAUGAUAGUGCUUCUGCUUCUUCCUCUCAAAUUGAACCACCUGUAAAAUUGUGGAAACAAGAAGCUGAAAAAGAAGCAGCUCAAGCAGCUUCGAAAUCGACGACAUCUCCGAUAGCUACAAAGAGGCUAUCUCUUAAAAGACGUAAUCAAGAAGAGGUUAACAAAGGUUCUCCAGCUAAAAAAUCGCGACGAAGCACUACACAAGAACGGUUGAAAGUCGGAGAAAUUCGAGCGCGAAUAAUACAGGUUGUUAAAGCGUUGAUCAAGAAGAAAGUAGAAGAAUUCAAUUGCUUGUCCUUCACCAAAGAUUUGAAGCCGAGCAAAAAACUUCCUACUCUCAAAGACGCCGAAAUGAAGAGAAAAAAGGAAGAGGAAGAGAAAUUGAAGGCUAUCAAAAAUGCUACCGAUGAAAAGAAGAAGAAAUCAGAUGGAGAUGAAAAAAAGAGAAAUGAUAUUGAUGAUACAAAGAAGGAUGCUGAAGAAAAAAAUAGAAAAACGGGUGAAGAAAAGUCAAGAUCGGAUAAGGAAACUGCUGAAUUCGUCCAAUUGAACGAAGAACGAGAAAAGAAGCGUAAGGAAGAUGAAACACAAAAUGCAGUGAAGCCGCAAGAAAAAAAGAGCGAAGAACCAGCUGAAAAGGAGCACAAGAAGCUCUCUUUUGCUGAAUACAAGUCUCGAAGAGCUAAGGAAGCGAUUGAUCUGAGUAUCCCGAAAACUAGAAAAUCUACUGGAUUUAUUCCAAGUAUUGAAGGAUGCAGCCAAAAAUUCAUUCCGCUUUCUGCCAUAGCUUUGGGACCAACUGGAUCACAACCCCCACCUCCGCCAAAAAUGUCUGCUCCGUCAACUUCUUCCGUUAUUUCAAAGGGACCGAGAACUCCUCCAGCAAGUCCUUCAGUUACCAACACAGUUAUUACAUCAUCUGACGAUUCACCUCAACAUAGUAUGUCUCUUCGCGAGCGUUUAUUGAGCGAAUUCGGGGUGCUGAAGGCCCAUCGAUGCGAUCCCGUCCAUCCCGAUGGCAAUGAACAUAAUACGCAGUCGUGCUCCGAACAAGAUUACGAGUUCACUUACACCAAUUGCGAUGCGAAUGGCGAACGAUGGCGAGUGGCAGUUCCCCGCGAAAAUGUGCAGUGCAACGACCUACCGCCGCCACAAAAAGGAUUGAAUUGUUCCUUCUCAUGUCCGCCCGGAAAUUAUCUGAGCCUCGACACACAACGAUGUCGUCCGUGUAAACCAGGCUACUUCAGCCUUGGCGGUGGUAUUCGAUUCGAAGAAUUUGUAACACUUCCGGCUGGUUUUUCGAUUGACACAUUCGAUCCGACACCUGACGGUUUUUCGAAUAAACCGGCUGAAGAAUGCCCGAAAGAAAGGGGAUGGAUUGUGAAGGAUGGCGAACUUAUUUACAUUCCGACACCAUGCAUUUCUCGACUUUCGUUUUCGGCAAAUCUUGUCAGGCCUGGAUCCGUCGAAUUCACUUACAGGAUGCCUCGGAAUAGUCGCGGACUCUCUCUGCAUUUUGACGUUCGAAAUGAACAAUGCCAAAGCUACAGCGAUUUGGCACGAGCAGCACUCGUCAAGUAUUCAUCGAGAGGACGUAAAGACGAAGAAGAGAAAAAUGGGAAUUGGAGAAGACGACGAGUUGAGCUGAGAUCGGGAUCAAAUGUGAUCUCAUGGACUGUUUCGAAUAGUUUGGAAAAUCAAGUAUCACUUGAACCCAUCCAUUUCACCAGGAUUGAUAUCUUAGGUCUUGCAUUUACAAGAGAGUGCACGGCUUGUCCGCCAGGCACCUACUCGUUGGAAGCAUCUGCAGAAUGUGUUCCGUGCGCGGCGGGCUCAUUUUCGUCGAAAGGCUCAGCGAGAUGCGGAACGUGUCCACAAUCGCAGUAUUCCGGAAUUCGGGCAGAAAAAUGCAUUGAUCGUCCGCCUUGCCGACAAUCCGACUAUUAUCCGAUCCGUGAGCCAUGUUUGAACGGAUCCAGCAGGUUGGUUUACAAGAAAGUCUUGCCCGCAAUCUGUCGCGAUGAUCUACCCGAUGCCGCCAAGCUUCCACCACCUGGUCCUUGGAAACCGUGUCCGAAAUGCAAUCCUGGAAUGGCAAAGAAUGCUCAAGGAGUGUGCGAAUUCUGUCCGAAGCACCAUUAUUCCGAUGGAAAUGGAUGCCAUCGAUGCGCAGUUGACACCGUGCCCAACUAUGGUCUGCAAUACGUUCAGUGGGAUGUACUGCCUCCCAAGUUAAGCUCACGCUGUGAAUAUAUUUCAAACGAUGCUCCUGUAUCUUGCGACAUCGGCGAAGCAUGGAUUCCUUCUGGCGGCUCUCUCACGUCGGCUCCUUCAAUGGAACGAGGAAUCGCAUUCGAAUUGAUUCUGUCAAUCGAUGAGGGAUUUUGGAACCCUCUUGCCCCGAAACCCACUAAACAUUUGCAAGUUCCUGUGGCCCAAAUCACCAUCGUUUUUGAAACUUCCUGCCAAGAUUCUUCAUGCGCAUUGUACUUCAUUGAAGAUAUCGCGGCAGCUAGUGGCGAAAAAGAAUCGUUCUUUAAAUUUCUCGCCGCCUUCAACGGAACUCAACCGAAGAAGGUUUGGUCGCAUACGGUGACUAAAAAUACUCCAGCGAAAUUCAUGGUGGCAUUCCUUCGAUCCGGCGUUUCUUCUUCAGAUGAUUCAUUGACUGAUGAAGCAAGAAUAUUUGCAAUUAAUGUGACGAAUGUUGGACACAAAGGAGGACAAGGUGGAGGUGCGAGCGAAUGCUUAGCUUGUCCGCAUUCGGAAGGUCAGGAAACGUGUGUUCCGUGUCCAGCCGGAAACUAUAUGCAUGAGCAGACAAAACUGUGUGUUUCGUGCCCGCCAAAUCAUGUGGUGAAUGCUUCUUCGAGUCACGUUGGAGUCCAAAGUUGCACACCAUGUGGACAGGGUCUUACAACCAAGGAUGGUGUGACUUGCACCACAAACGGAAAAAUCGAAUUGAAACAAAACGAUAAAAAUGUCACCUACAACUAUGAUUUUAGUCCGUGGAUAAACAUAACAUGGAACGUGUCAGGCGUCAAAGUUUUCUCGCGCGAAGGAUCCGCUUAUUAUCAUUCAUUUCGAGUUUCGCUAUUCGCGAAAAAUAACGAAUGCGAAGAGCAAUAUGACAGUUUCGAUCUUGUUGGAUUCUUGGAUACGCCGAAGGAAAGUGUCGAUGGAAUGGUGUGUCGAAUGACGGCGAUUCCCUCCAAUUCAAAUGUCACAAAAAUUGCCUACGUGACACCGUUGCUAUUGGCGUCGAGAUUAGACGCAAUCACAACCGACCGAAAUCAUUCCGGAUUUUCACUGAACGACGAGAUAUUGGAAUACGGUAUGCAUACAUAUAAUAACACAACUCGACCGUUCGAUGUUUUCUUUUGGUAUGACCCGAUUCCAACUCCUCCACAAUCAUGCCCGAAUGGAACGAUUCUGGCAAUUGUGGCUCGAUGUCAGCCGAACAAGAAGGAACCUCAGAUGAGACUGCCGCAUCAAUGUCCGGACGGCACAUGCGAUGGAUGUGUGUUCGCGAUUAUUCUCGAAGCAGCUCAAGCUUGUCCAGUUUGUGAUACUGACGACUAUGAGGUGAUCAGAGGAGAAUGCAUUGAUGGAAGGCAAACAAUCCAUUCCAUACCAAAACACCAUUGCGUUCUUACUGGCGCCGCUUCUGAUUCACACUAUCAGCCAUGCUCCAUCUUCAGUCCAACUCAGCGUCUGAUGAUUCUCAUUCUUGCCUCGUUCGUCGUCGGUCUUGUCAUCUUGGUGUGCAUGAUGUGCAAGAAGAAUCAGCGACUCGAGUACAAGUACACUCGUCUGAUCGAAUCGCGAACCGGCGAACUUCCGGAAGUCGAAUCAUGCGGUCUCGACGAAGACGAUGAAGAUGAUGAGCUCAAUGAUCGUGUCAUAUUUUCAAAAGGCCGGAGAGAUAGGUCGAGAAGAGCAUUCAAUGAGAAGACCGAAGCUGACAAUGCGGCAUUCAUUUCGCUGGAUAAUGAUGUGUAA